CUUGCCCCAAGAAUAGUUGCGACUGCGACAAGUGCGACAAGUGUGACAACAAGCCAGAAUGCGACUGUGGCCCCUCAGGCACUGGUUGUACUUGCCCCAAGAAUAAUUGCAAGUGUGACAACUGCGACAGCUGUGUCAACAAGCAACACUCCUCACAAGUAUGUCGUUAAUUGCACUCCUAAUUAACCCCCGGUCCUCAUCACAUCAGUGCGACUGUGGUCCAUCGGGUAUUGGCUGUACUUGCCCCAAGAAUAAUUGUAACUGCGACAACUGUGACAGCUGUGUCAACAAGCAACACUCUUCCCAAUGCUACUGCAAAGGUACAGGUGUCAGCUGCGACUGUACCAAUCAGCAGCGGGCAUGCAACUGUGCAACGAAGUGGUCGUCUACAUGAUCACAGAUUCAUCAGAAGAUCCCGUCAAGUAUUCAACCCCUUUAAUUUGUGACGACCUCUGUAUUGGUACCGCAUGAUGUUGUAUUACUAUAGUAACCAAUAGUUCUUUAGGUCGUCCUCUUCGUGACAUUGUCUCCUCUUGAAUCCGAAAAUACAAGAAACCUCAAAACACGUGACCCUUGCGAGCGCGUACCUGCUAUUUUCGGAUGAAGGUAACAUGGUGAGCGUUUUUGUAU